CAAACACCGAAGCUCGGUCAAUAGGUUCUUUUAACCACACAUCACUUCAACACGCAAGCACUGCCACUCUGCACCUCUAACGUCUGUCUACUUCACGAAAUCUCCCCCAGUAUAGUGCAAAGAACAUCUGUUGUCAGUGGAGACUGUUGUCGGAAUUUAGCUUCGUGGGCAUCAGAACGUGAAGAAGGUACCAGUGUUAGCCAGGGCAUCUUCACCACAAGACGAAGUAGCGGUUAUAUCUCGAGUAUGUAGAUUUCCCGCACCUCUGGGAGGACAAGGGCCGCUGAGGAUGGCCCCCGCAUGCGGCACGGUGAUGCUGGGCGUGUUGACGCUUGCUGUCUUGCUUCUCCUCGUCCCUCACGCCGCAGGUCAAGCAGUGGUGAACGGCAACUGGAGCGACUGGUCGGUGAUCGGCACUCCGUGCACCAAGACCUGUGAUGGUGGGUUCACUACGAUAGUGAGGUCGUGCACCAACCCGGCACCGGAAGGAGGGGGAGACCUGUGCGUCACGGACGAAGGGCAGGUCGCUACGAACGGCUUGGACUUCAAGAUAGCAGCAUGUAAUGUGCAGACAUGCUGGGCCAACGAGUGGAGUCCCUGGAGCAACUGUUCUAAGGUGUGUGGACGAGGGAACCAGACCAGCUACGCCAUAUGCGGCAACGAGACUUGCACCGGUAUACAGUACAAGGAGAAGAAGUUAGCCUGCAACACCUGGAACAAGACUACCUGUCCUAGUCCGUGCUUGUCUACGAAGUGCCCGGACUACGGAGUGUGUAGAGAUGACUCCAAUAACACGGACCCCAUCGCCACCUGCGUGUGUACAAUGGGAUACAAGAUGAGCCCAACUAAAACCUCUUGCGUCCGUCCUCCGCCCAGUACGCCUACUCCACGUCCCAUACCUACGAUGCCUCCUGCUCAGAAGGUCGUAGCUACGGUCAUCUCGAAGUCAGCCUCUACCGUCAUCAUCAUCUGCCUCAGUAUUUGCCUCUGCAUCUUCUUCGUCUUCAGGAUAUUCACGCCUGAUCGCGUCAUCCAGAUGAACAUGGAAAUCGCCCUUCUUCUCGCCCACUGCAUCCUUAUGUCCCCCUCUUCUAUUACUCAAAAGCCGAUUAUCUGCACGGUGGUGUCGAUAUUAUUGCACUUCUUCUUCACUGCUUGCUUCAUGUUCAUGUUCUUGGAAUCGCUACACAUGUACGCCUACGUGGCCUUCGUCAUCAAGAGGGAAGGGAUGUUCAGCCGGGCUCAGAACGUCCUGGUUGGCUGGGGUGUGGCAGCCAUUAUCGUCCUCUUCUGCAUGUGUUUCCAGUUUUCAAAUUACGGCGGAGUGUACGAAUGCUGGUUGAUGCUGGAUACUCCUCUUAUGUAUGGGGAGAUGGUGCCUAUUGUUACUCUGGUUGUGAUGACCUUCACGCUCACUGAGGCAGCAGGAUCUGCAGAAUACAUGCCACUGAAAGGUAUGGACAAAGGUCAGCUGGUGAGCGCUAAGUUCUCUCAGCGCACGAACCUGGUCAUCAUGCCGCUGGUGUUCUCCCACAUGCUCCUGGGGAUGCUCUCUGAAUAUGAGCAGAACCUGGCUCUAUACAGCAUCUUCUCCUUACUCAACAGCAUCUCUGGCGUUGUUAUUCUCUUCUUCCACUGCUCCAACAAUCAACAGGUACGGAUGAAGCUGAAGGCCGUAUUUGGCAAAAUGUGUAAAGGGAGGCAAUAGUAAACAAGAGGCGGAGCUGAGAUGAGCCCUCCUUGGGUGAUCAAGAUGCGCGAUGCUCCUGCUUCGACGGUAUAAAGGAUGCUUACACUACUAGCAGAAGACAAGUGCCUCCAAGACAAGGUCUUCACUUCUUAAAUGCUUUUACUUUAAUAGUCCCAAUAAACAGCUGAGGUGACAACUGGAUAACUGUUUCAUCGUAAUAUCAACAAGAGACU